AAAGGCAGAGAUCGCCGUUCAACUUGCGGAUUGGCUUGGGAUAAAAUGUCAGCAACCGAAUACAAUACUGGAUUGAGGCCAAUUUCAUAUCCAUCUGCAUCAGACCUUUUGCUACUAAAACAGCAAAAACAAAUAUUAAGAGAAGGGGCAGCAAGAUUUAACGAAAAUCCAAAAACCGGGAUUGAGUUUCUUCAAGUAGCAAAUGGGAUAAUAUAUAAUGAUCCUGCUAUUGACAAAAACACUAGUCUUGCACUUUUUUUAAAAUCAACGCCUCGUUUAAAUAAAAAACUUUUGGGUGAUUUUCUGUCGAAACCAUCAAACAUUGAUGUACUUAAGGCAUUUGUAAAACUUUUUGAUUUUGAAGGAAAACGAAUAGAUGAAGCUAUGAGAGAGAUGUUAGAGUCUUUCCGAUUACCAGGUGAAGCGCAACAGAUUGAACGAAUAAUGGAGACGUUUGCUGAAACAUAUUUUGCCUCUGGGCCACAGGAAAUUGCAACACAAGACGCUACAUUUGUUUUAUCUUAUUCGGUUAUAAUGUUAAACACAGAUUUACAUAACCCUCAAGUUAGA